AUGAAUGAAUAAUCUAAAGACAUUAUUACAUAAUUCUUAAACAAAGACCCAAUAAAAAGAUUAGGUUAAUUAUAAUUCUAAUUAAUUAGGACAUAAAUCUAUUUAAGAAAUCAAAUAACAUAAUUUUUUCAAAGAAAUUAAUUGGGAAGAUCUUUCUAAUUUUAGAGUUUAAUCCCCUAUUUUAGAAGGAGUAUAAAAAUUACAAUUAUAAAUUGCCAAAGAAGUUCCAAUAGCAAAAAAAAUCUUAGAGACUCCUUAGGUUAAUCAAAAUACAUAAAAUUUUGAAAAGUUUUCUUCCAAUCAUGAUAAAUUUUGACGAAAAAUAUAAAUGUUUAAUAUAAUACUUAUAAAUAAAUAAACAGAAACGAUAUCAAAAAAAUUAAAAAACAAUUUGAUUAGAUUUUUGUUCAUUUAAUAAAUAGGAAAAUUUCAAAAAUUACUUUAGAGAUUUUUUUUGUAAUAUCAUAAUAGUAGUUUAAUAAAUUAAUUCAUCCUCAUAAAUUUUUUCAAGUUGGAUUAAUUGAUAUAGAGUCAGAAAUGUAGCAACUUGCAAAAAAUUUUUAGAAUUAAUUGAAACAUUUGACUAAAAAUAGGAAGCAGCAUUUGAUAAUCAAAUUUAUCAAUAAUCAAGUUUUUAAUUCAUUGAAGAUAAGUUUAUGUAAGUUAUUUUUCUUUUCGUUUGAAGGAUAAUGA